UUAAACGAAGAAACUGUGUAAACAAAGAUUAUCUUAAAUUUAAAAACAAAAAUCAAUACUGAUAGCAAUUUAAUGCUAUGAAUAUGUGUAUAAACCAUAUUAACUUUGUUCAAACGAGUGAGUUUAUUUUUUAAAAGAUAGUACGCAAAUAUAAAGAAUUAAUUGAAUUACAAUAGAGGCUGAUUUCGCAAAUUUGCGUGAACAAAUUUAAAGGAAUAAUUGAAAUGUUUUCAAGGUAGGAUAUCAAAGCUUGAGCACAACUUUUAAAAACAAAAUACUUAUAAAUAAACUGUUUUUUUUUCGAUUGAUCACUGGAAGAAAAUAUGUUUUCGAAAAAUAUAAAAAUUUGGAGUUGUUUCGUCGUUUGCGAUUAUAUACUUUAUAAGCUUUUGGCUGCUAACUAUUGGAUAUUUCACACCAAAUUGGUUACUUAUAAAUUUGGAAAGCGGUGCCUAUGACAAUGAAUGGGAUAAAACUAAACCUGGUGUGACGACAAAUUUCUGGCAUUAUGGCAAUUCCUGCAACAGUUUAGGAGUAGUGACGAAUAGCUGUGAUGGCAACAUCUAUAACUGGUUUAAGAGUUAUGAUAUACACAACACAUCUACUAUAUUGGGCAUCUCCUUUAAGCUGAUGACAACUGCAUUUGUUGUUGUGUUCACCAAUGCCAGCUUGCUUAUCACAGCGUUUGUAUUUGACUUGUUCAAAUAUUCGUUAUACAUGUCGUUAUUGUCUAUCUCAUUUGGAGUCUUCUAUCCUGUUGCUGCCAUACUGGUUCUCGUAGCGACUAUUUAUGUGGAAGCAUCAUUCAAAUAUGAUACAGGGUUUUCCGCAAUGAUUUGUACUAUUGCAGGCGGUCUAAUGCUAAUAUUUUAUGUCAGUUUAAUAUUCUACGACAGGCAGUACAUAAAAAGAAGUCUGACGUCAUGGCCUAAUGAAAACAAACACAAACACUCGAGUGGAUCAAAGGAAUUAGGAAGGGAUCAUGCAUCUAAACUUGACCAAUCGCUCUUUGAAACAACCUUAAAGAAAACUGGCGUCAAUCCAGUACGUGAAUGGGGUUUGCGUAGACUAUGAUUUUGUUUAACAUUAUACACAAAAGUUGCCUAUAGAACAUAAAUGCAAAACAAAAUAAUCACAACAAAAUUACAUGAAAAUUGCAGACUAGGUUUGAUAGUGUCUGUACAUGAGGGAUGAUGAAAAAGUGCAACACCGCUCACGCGCGCAUACAAACAGGCUCGAGCGGUACGCAAUUUUCAACCCUUAUAAGUGCUGGAAUCUAUGAAGAGCCAGAAAGAUAUAACAACACUGAAGGCCAGAUUGAAUACUUUUCAAUGCACAUUUCUUUACAAAGUAAUGAUUAUGUUUAGCAUGAAUUUUAUAUUGUUACGAAUUGAAAUGUAUAUGUUAUUCAAGCAAUGUUUUUGCGAAGAGUGCAAAUUUUGUCUGUUUAUAUUGUGUUAUAUGUUUCUCGUUAUCAUUUCAUGGCAUGAGUCUAUUUUCGUCCGUAAUAUCUGCAAUGUAAUCUUGCAAAGCAAUAUUUUUCAAUUUCUUAAUAAUUAAGCUAUUUUGAAUGUGUGUUACCUGCCAUUCAUGAUUGUUUUAUUGUUGUAGAACUAUAUUUAUAUAUUUAACAUUCAAUUGAAAAUAUUCAAAACUAAGAACAACAAAGGCGUGUGGUCUGUAAAAUGACAGACUUCAAGAUACAGGACUACAAUUAGUUUUCGAGAUUAGCUUAUUAUUUGCAUUUUAAGAUUUAUUUUUAAAUGCUGCAAAAAAAGGUUUAUAGAAACAGAGACAAACAUAUUUUCUCUUAUAGUUUUGAAAUAAGUUACCCUUUUAACGUUUAUUCAAAUAUGUAUUACAUAAGUUAAGAACAAGAUUUGUCUUUAGGAAAGCUUGCACAACCAUUCUUAGUACCUGUUUAGUAGAACGAGACCCUCGAUAAUGUUUAAGUUUCUAAGUUCAAAAAGAGCCAUAGUUCUGUCAUAAUCCAUGCUAGAGUUAUAGGCAUUGGUCUGUGACUUUCUAUUGUACUCUCAAAUAAGUAUGUGAAAUUUUACUUCAUUUCCUUCAAUCUUGUCAGAGAUAGCAACAUGCACGCAAAAACUGAACCAAAGUGUUACGCCGGCGCCUAAAUGUGUACAAUAGCUUUCCCUUUUUCCCCUUUUCAGUUAAAAUGAGAUAAGUAUUAUAAUGGUCUCAUAGCUGUUACAAUAAAAAGUGACGAGGACAUAAUUUGACUGAUUGCUCGUCUUAAGGCCUGACA